UUUAAUCUUUUUCUUCUGAUUGACGAACAUUUAAUCACAAUAUAAUGCAAAUUUGAAGUAGUGUAACUGGUGAAUCUAAAAGGAUUUUUUCGUUUAUUCUUUGUUUCAUUUUGACUUUUAUUUGAAUUACUUGAAUUUUAAACGUGUAUGCCCCUCAAUUGUACAAUAUUACCUAUUUCGUGAUUGUGAAUGAAUGAAUUGAAUGCCUUUUGUGUAUUGGGCAUUGUGUAUUGAAUUGAAUUACAUUAUUGACUUGUAUUGAAUCACUGCUGGCGCUCUCUUCGGCACAUUUUGAAAUCUUGGUGACAUUUUGAAUUCUUUUGUGAACUGUAUUGUAUUCCAUUGGGCGUUUUUCAUCCGGCAUAAUACCUCGGGGUUUUCUUUUAUUGUUGGAAUACCCUUUUGAUUAGUAUUUUUAGUUUCGAUCGCACAAUGAGCUCCAGCGUAGCCUUUACUUUGGAACCCUAUCGCAAGGGUACAUCCUUCAAUGAUUGGUUUACCCGGAUGAAGUAUUUCUUCCGGGUGAAUAAAAUUAAGGAGGAGGACAAAAUGGCCUACUUUAUAACCAUGAGUGGCCCAGUGAUUUUUGCUGAAAUCAAGCUUCUAUACCCCACGGGGGAUUUUGAAAAAGCAGCACUGGACGAUAUCGUAAAUAAACUUAAAAAUCGCCUGGAUAAAACUGAUCCGGAUCUGGUACAGAGGUACAAAUUUAGUACCCGUGUACAAAAUCCAGAUGAAACUACAGAGGAUUUCAUUUUAAAUUUAAAACUGCAAGCCGAGUUUUGCGGGUUUGAAAACUUUAAAGAGGUUGCCAUUUUGGAUCGUUUAAUCGCCGGUAUCAAGGACAAGAACCUUAGGCAACGAUUGUUAAGCGAAGACAAAUUAUCCUUAGCUAAUGCCGAAAAGAUUGUAACAACAUGGGAGGUGGCUCGCGCAAAUUCCGGAACCACCGACCAUGCAAACUUUGGGCAACAUGGUAUGGUUGCCGCGGUUAACGAUAGAGCAAAUGCGAUACAGGGUACAGCGGGGUGAAAAUUAUCUCAAGUUUACAAUUGGUCGAUGAAAUAUCAAGGGGUUGGAGGUAAUGCCAGCGGUCAUAACAAUAGAGGUCCAGUUAAGAGUCGAUUAGGAUUCAGACCACAGCUGAACCGAGGAGGACGGAUGGCCGAAGCGAGCAACUUCCAAUCACCGGACGGACAGCGCAGAGGGUAUCGCCAGUGGCCGCGACCGGACUAUUCUAACAUCACCUGCAACUUUUGCGGAAUCAAGGGCCAUAUAAGGAAGAAGUGCUUCAAAUUGAAAAAUUUAAACCGCGACGCGGUGAAUCUGGUGGACUCAUAUAGGCCCGGACCGUCAGCGGACAGGCACAUUUCGGAAUUGCUGGAACGGAUGAGAACCAACGACGACGAUGAUGAAAGCGAGGAUAGUGAUUCAGAUAUGCGUUGGAAACGUGGAAACAAUGGCGCACAAAACUCAAAUCCGGAUCAGUAAGACCAACACAACCUGGCAAAGGCCGAACGUUUUGGUUCGAAGGGAGGAUGGAGAUGGACAGGAUAGCGUAUUGAGGAUCCCCGAUGUUGAGCCGCUGGAUGAAGAGCAUGAACCCGAGGCUCCAAGGGGAGGCAGAAAACGUAGGCGCCCAGUUUCCUCGUGUGAUCCAGUUGAGCUUCGUAGGUCAAAGCGCUCUCGGAAAUCGAACCGUAAAGACGAUUAUUAUUAUAUUUGAAUUUUCGGAGUUAUAAGUUAAGUUUAAAUUGAAUUCAGAAUUUUAGCUAGUUGUUUUAUAUAAAGCUUUCGGAUAGUCAAGUUCAGAAUUGAUUUGGAAAUGUUUUUAACUAGUUGUUACUUGGUUAAAUUUAAAACGAGUGUUAUAAAGAAACCUCCGAAAGGGGGAAGGAUUGAUAUAUACCUGCGCAUUCCAUGCGUUCGAUGUAAACCGACUUUCGAGUCGGUAGGUUUCGGGUAGAUAGCCGAUGCUCUGAUCGGUUGGGCCAAAGGGCUCGAAAGAGCAAACUAAUAAAGGAGACAUCAGUCUAAUCUGAACCAUCAACCUGACUAGUUCGCUUAGCGCAUCUCACCAACCGCAAAUCACACUACCCCGUUUCGAGUUAACUUGUCGUUGAGUUCCACCGGGUCGGUCUGUUUCGUUUAAGAAACCGCUAACA